UUGCCGUAGACCGCUAAAAAUCAGGAUCCUCACUCGAUCAGUCUCUCUUUUUUUAAAGAUUUUAUUUUCGAAGGUUUUAUGAUCGGGAAUGAAUCGAACCCGGGUCGCUGCGGUAAGGACUGGACCUUAAUGGUAGAUCUACCCAGAACCAAGGGGGCGCCCCUCGAUCACUUUCUUUACAACUUGCACUUUAGGUUACGUAAUAAUAAGCCUUUGACCCAGUUACUAUGAAGCCUCCAGUCAACAUAAAAGGACAUCUGAAAUUGCAUUCGCAGCAAUAGACCAACCAUGUCUACCGAAGGAGACUACGACUGUAUAGUGAUCGGAGCCGGGGUCCAGGGCUCUUUCACGGCAUACCAACUCGCGAAGAAGAAGCAGAGAACUCUUCUGCUGGAGCAGUUUGUCCUGCCACAUACCCGGGGAAGCUCCCAUGGCCAAACGAGGAUCAUUCGCAAGGCCUAUGAUCAGGACUACUACACCGUCAUGAUGGAGGAGUGUUAUCGGCUGUGGGCUGAGCUCGAGGAAGAGGCCAGCAUCAAGCUGGUUAGACAAACUGGACUGCUGGUGAUGGGCCCAGAGAAUAGUUCGCAGUAUCAGGCGGUUAAGAACACCCUGCAGAAAAACAGGGUUCCCAUGGUGAUCCUGCCGCCAGAAGAAUUCUCCAAGCACAUCCCCAACGUGAAUCUGAGCGAGGGAGACGGUGCUCUGGUGGACACAACAGCUGGGGUGUUGUUUGCUGACCGGGCACUGAGAGCUGUCCAGGGUCAGUUCCUGAAGUUGGGAGGGAUUAUUAAGGAUGGACAGAAGGUGAGUGACAUUAAGCCAGGGGCCCUGGUCACUGUCACGGCCUCGGGGGGCGUGUACAGAGCCAAGAACCUGGUGCUGACCGCUGGGAGCUGGACCAACGGCAUGCUCUCCUACAUUGGACUGCAGCUACCACUAAAGGUGCUGAAGAUCAACGUGUGCUACUGGAAGGAGAAGGUCCCCGGCUCGUACAACGUACAGCAACGCUUCCCCGCCUUCCUCCAGGUGGAGUGCCCCGAGGGCAAGCACCACAUCUACGGCCUGCCCUCCAACGAGUACCCUGGCCUGAUGAAGGUGUGUUACCACGCUGGCAGUGAGACUCACCCGGACAUGAGGGACAGACAGUCAGACCGGUCGGACAUUGACAUCCUCAAGCGCUACCUGACCCGCUGCUUCCCUGGCCUGGACCCUGAGCCCGCCGUGGUGGAGAGCUGCAUGUACACCGUAACCCCAGAUGAGGACUUUGUGCUGGACUGCCACCCCAUCCAUAACAACAUUGUUAUUGGAGCCGGAUUCUCAGGUCAUGGCUUCAAGUUUGGGCCACUUAUUGGCAAGCUGCUUUGUGAACUGAGCCUGGGUGAAGUGCCUUCUUACGACCUUUCACCCUUCAGAAUCAGACGGUUUCCAGAACAUCUCAAACCUUCAUUGUAAUGUGCCCACUCUUUAGUGGCCUGCUAGAAGAAACGACUACAGAUUCAGUUAUCAGAUCAAGGCCAACAAGUUGGGAAAUCUGCAUCUUUGAUGACAUCAUUGCUUUUAUCUUUAACAUGCUUUUAUCAUGGCACAUAUAAACUAAUGCUUUUUGGUUACCACGAUGUGUUCACUCAUUUCAUGCAUUGGUGGGUCUUUGUCCCUUGUGUCCUUUCCUGAGUUACCCGUUUUGUAAACUCAUCACAUUAGUAAGACAAUGAGCCGUUUGUCUGUUGAGCCAGCUGGCUGUUGAGCGUUUAGAUGUGGGAUACUUUCUAUUUCCCCAUGUACUAGUAAACAUUUUAAUCACUAAUUAGAUUGCCUAUUCCAAAAGAUGCCAACCAAGGCCAUAAUUUAGAAUGGUACAAUUAUACAAAGGAACGACAAGAGAUCAGCGAGUCAUUUUCUCCAUUCCAUCUAAGGGUCUUCCGAAUGAAAGGGAAGGGCCAUUUUGCAAAUCACCCAAAUUAAAGUUAGGUUUAUUAGACAUGCAAAUUAGGAAACAAAAACAUUAUCGCACUUAGCCAUUUCAAAAACCUUCCUGGGAUUUACAGUACAUAGCAUGAAAGUGAUAUCUAAAAGUCUUAAUAUAUGUAUUAUUGUAGUAGUUUACCCUCACAAUACAUUAAGUCUUGAUCAAGAACACCUCUCAGAAAGUAUUAAUUUUGUUGGGAGUGAUCCCUUGGUUUCAUCUUCUCAUACUUAAUGAACAUUGGGGCAAAGGGCAUUGGAAAGGCUACACAUGCGUCAUCUAAAAAACCUGUGUUGCUUGAAGUAAUGAUGUAAAGCACAGAAAUCAGUCAUUUCAAGGUGUGUGCACUAAGCAUUAGAAAAUUAUUCCCAUGAAAUCCAUCACGGGCAGGGAACCAAUUACUGUCCACUCACUUGGCCGAACCAGACCACUCACAUUAAGCCAUCGAGGCCUCUUGACAGCAUUUUAUGCUCGCUGGGUCUAUCAUGUUCCUCUUUUAACAUUAUUAGGUCGAUUUCGUAUAAAAACUGUUUUGACUGCUCUUUAAAUUCUUCACUUUCAAAGGGCGCCGCCAUUGUUUGUUUUAUUCAGUUGACUGCAACCGAUCAUUGUUCAUCAUUAACUGACACUUCCUCUCCGGGCCCAAGCACUGUUUGGUCUGAGCUUUUUAACAUUUUGGAAAUAGAGGAUAAGGAUAAGGCAAACGCACUACGCUUAGCACUGAAGACACAUUCCUCCAUACUAUGGAGUCUUAUCGCCAGAAAUCAUUUGAAGGGGCUCAAAUGAGAGCCAUGUUGAAGGAGUGAAUGCUAGACUCUGGCCCACCGGGUGCCUUGAAAACCAGGCCCUCACAGCCCCAUUUAACUGUACCUUGACUCAAGGUCACCUAAUGCUUGUAGUAAUUCUAAAUAGAAGUACUUAAAGCUUUUUGUUUACCUUUCAUUACCCUGUAGACCUCUGCCUAGACCUCUCACCCAUUAAAAGGCAUUGGGCCUGAUGCCAGAAGCAGCAUUGAAUACCUCUAGGAGGUCAUCAGACAACAUUGAAUAUAAAAGCGGAGCUAGAAGAAGGAAGUGAAAAAUAAGAGGAAAAUCA